CUAUGUAAUUAUGCAAACCUAUAAGACAUCUCAUAAAUAAAAAUAUUCCAAUAAUUAUUAUUAGAAUUUAAAUUUUCGUUAAAAUUAUUAUUUUAUGUACUUAAAUAUAUAUACAUAUAUUUGAUGUAGUCUAAAAUAAUUUAUAUAGCAUAACCUACCAGAAAGAAAACAGUAGAUGAAAAAAGCGCUUCGUGGUUGCAAUAAACAGUUUGCCGUAUUACGCUCUUAAACUGUAAUCAGUGUAUAUUGUGAUAAUACUGUUACUGAAAUAAAACUUUUGUUGUUUUUGUCACUUAUAAAAUAACAUCAUCAAAAUGUCUUCAUUAACCAAACCAAAAUCUGAGAUGACUCCUGAAGAGCUAGCAAAACGAGAAGAAGAAGAAUUUAAUACCGGCCCGCUUUCAGUUUUAACACAAUCUGUGAAAAAUAAUACUCAAGUUUUAAUCAAUUGUAGAAAUAACAAAAAAUUACUGGGACGGGUGAAAGCAUUCGAUAGGCAUUGUAAUAUGGUAUUAGAAAAUGUAAAAGAAAUGUGGACUGAACUUCCACGUACAGGGAAAGGGAAAAAAAAGGCAAAACCAGUAAACAAAGACAGAUUUAUCUCUAAAAUGUUUUUAAGAGGAGAUUCUGUUAUUUUAGUUCUACGAAAUCCAUUAGCAACAGCAUCAGGAAAGUAAUUUUCUACUAAAUAUUUUUUUUUCAAAUUUAUAAAGAUUAUACACUGGAAAUAAACUUUUAUCAUAUAAGCUAAAAAUG